ACUAUAGGCCUUGGAGAUAAACUCAUCCCUUCCCAAGUCACUCUAUUGUAAAUCCAUUGCAGCAGUGACACCGUGGAAUCAAUGCGGCUGACGGGUUAGGGGCCAAUAACCUCAAAGUGGGGGGUCUGCUGGAAUCGAGCCGCUGUUUGCAGAUGAUAAUGAGAUUGUCCAAAGCUCUGAUAGACAUGGAUAUGGCAGAUUAUACAGAAGCAUUGGAUCCAGCUUACACCACUCUGGAAUUUGAAAAUAUGCAAGUUUUGUCUAUUGGAACCGAUACAUCCCCCUCAGAUGUGACAAGUCUUAAUGCCACGAAUAGUAUCGGUGUUAACUCUCUGUGUGCCAUUUGUGGUGACAGAGCGACUGGCAAACACUAUGGGGCUUCCAGCUGCGAUGGCUGUAAGGGUUUCUUCAGGAGGAGUGUUAGGAAAAACCAUAUGUACUCAUGCAGGUUCAGCAGACAGUGUGUAGUCGAUAAGGACAAAAGGAACCAAUGUCGUUACUGCAGGCUGAAAAAGUGCUUCAGGGCGGGCAUGAAGAAAGAAGCUGUACAGAAUGAGCGGGACAGGAUAAGUACGAGGAGGUCGAGUUAUGAAGACAGCAGUUUACCGUCCAUUAACGUCUUAAUUCAAGCAGAGGUUCUUUCCCAACAGAUAACCUCCUCAGUGGGGGUGCUGAACACAGACAUAAGAGGCAAGAAGAUCGCCAGCAUCACAGACGUGUGUGAUUCUAUGAAACAGCAGCUACUGGUUUUGGUGGAGUGGGCAAAAUAUAUCCCUGCUUUCUGUGAGCUUCCGCUAGAUGACCAGGUGGCUCUGUUACGGGCACAUGCGGGGGAACACUUGCUUCUUGGCGCUACAAAGAGGUCAAUGAUGUAUAAAGACAUAUUGCUUCUUGGAAACGACCGAGUUAUUCCACGGAAUUGUCCAGAACUUGAAGUGGGUCGUGUGGCGGUGAGAAUUCUGGAUGAACUAGUUCUUCCCUUCCAAGAACUUCAAAUUGAUGACAACGAAUACGCGUGCCUAAAAGCCAUCAUAUUUUUUGACCCUGACGCCAAAGGUUUGAGCGAUCCCACCAAGAUCAAGAGAAUGAGGUACCAGGUGCAGGUUAGCCUGGAAGAUUACAUCAAUGAUCGGCAGUAUGACUCAAGAGGAAGGUUUGGGGAGCUACUCCUCUUGCUCCCUACACUGCAGAGCAUCACAUGGCAGAUGAUCGAGCAAAUCCAGUUCGUUAAGCUAUUUGGGAUGGCCAAGAUUGACAACCUGCUGCAGGAAAUGCUCCUUGGGGGUUCUGCGAAUGAAGCCCCACACACCCAUCACCCUUUGCACCCACACCUGGUUCAAGAUCAUCUAGCAACAAAUGUUAUUGUAGCCAACAACACACUGCCAUCCCAGCUUCAUAAUGGACAGAUGUCUACCCCAGAGACUCCCCAACCAUCCCCACCUGCGGGCUCAGGGGCAGAGCAGUACAAAAUCGUGCAUGGAGCCAUUGCAUCGGUCAACAAACAGCCAACCUCCAUUCCACAAUCAACCAUCACCAAACAGGAAGCUAUGUAGGAACUGGCCAUUGUACAGAUAAAAAGACUUAAUGGCUGUGGCUACUUAAACAACAGCAAAGAAAGUUAAAAAAAAUGACAAAAACUUUGUUAAUGGCCACAACAUACUACACCUCUCUGGAGAAGCCUGGGGAUUUUUGAAAAAUGUUAAACGAAGAUGAGGAGUGGGAGUUCUGGUCCCAGCUGCCAGUGAUGGGGUUGUCUACAGUUUUUUUUGUGGUUAAGAUCUUUUUUUGUAUAGUCAGUUUUUUUAAGUUGAUAAUCUAUGGGUAUGUAUAAUACUUUUAAAGUAAGUAAAUAUAUAACAUAUACAAACAGGUAGAUAUGAGCUGCCAUUAUACCUAAUGCCAGCUCUACCAAGUCAAUGCAUCUUCUGUAGAAGCAUUUACAUCUACAGGGUGUUAAAAGUAAGGAUAAAAGAGUUGUUAUUGUAUUUCUCUCUUAUUUUGUCAUUUUAAUGAUCUUUUUCCCAAACUUUCAUAAACUUUGGGUACAAAAGUAGGUAUAUAUUUAUCGUACUGAGUUUACUACUAAAGUACCUAAUGUACAGUACAGCUGGAAUGUCUAAAUGUUUGCUAAGGAGGCAUCUUGCCCGGUUGUUAGGUGACUGGCAAUAAUUCCAACACCCAAAUUUUCUUUCAUGUUAUAAUCUGAAUCAUUCUAACUGAAAUGGAAGAAAAUGUCAUAUAUACAUACAGUAUAUAUAUACUGAAGUAGAAAGAUGUCAUCAAUAUAUCGUAUACUAGAGUCAAACAAAAAGAUGUCAUCAAUAUAUCAUAGUUAUACAGUAGUCAAAUAUAGCUCUUCCCUAAUCCCCAUUUGUUAACAUGAAAAAAAAAUGCUGGAAAGAGUAUUUUGUAACAUAUAUAAAUAUUUCUGUAAAUGUUUUACUGUUUUACAUAUAAUGUCACCAUUUGUUUUCCUAAACAAUUUAUUAGUGUAUGUAACUUCAACAUAAAUGUACUGUUCUCUGUUACACAGGACACUGGGUUUUCACAAGAUGAUAUAUAUAUUAUCAUGGUUUCUCUGUAUUUCCUCUUCAUUCUAGCAAGGUCUCCCCAGACUGCACAAAUGUAAUUAGAAGAGACUUCUGUGAUUCUGUUAUAAAGUUAUCUUGCAUGUUAGACAUAAAUCAUCAGAGAACUUUUUAGGUGCUUAGGGGAGGGUGUUUUCUUGUAUUUGGGAGGCUAAUUUAAGGCAUUUUUGACACAGAUUCAUUCAUAUUAUCCCAACGCCAAUUUCACUUAUAAUACCCCAGAACAUAUGGCAGGACAAAUGCAGUAGACAUUUCAUUUAUAACACCCACCAGAACAAAUUGCAGAUAAACCUAGUGGCAGUUUGAAACAUAAUCCCCCAGAACACAUUGCUGGAUAAAUACAGUACCAACUCCGUAUAUCAAUACUCAAACAAUACCUGGCAGGAUAAAUAAUGUUCUAUAUUGAAUAUGUCCAUUCUGUUUUAUAGGAAAUUGGUACUGGUUUGGUUUGACAGCCAACCCAAGCCUUUCAAAAGUUAAUUAAAUCUGAGUUUUUAUGUAUUUCUACAGUUUGGAUACACUGAAUCCAGAAUUUAGUUGAGGAUUAAACCAAAUCCCAUGUUUUGCAGGAUUUUGCCAAAUCCAUAAGGUGGUCAUUCACAGGAAGAUUUGCUCGUUUGGCGAGGUUGCCAAGCGAGCAGAUCUUCUCCCCACAUGCCCACCUAAAGGUGGGCGAUAUUGGGUUAAUUUGAUCAUUUGGCCCUAGAGCCAAACAAUUGAAUUACACUGCCAGGCAAAAGCACUGUCAAAUCAAGGAACGCAUCAACGAGCCGAUGCGGCCCGAUCCAACAGAAAAUCAAACCUGCCUGAUCGAGAUCUCCCCAACUUUAGAUAUCAAUUGGGUAGGCCCAUUGGGGGUGCCCAUACAUGGGCAGAUAAGCUGCCGAAUCAGUCUGAAGGACAGGAAUCGGCAGCUGAAAUCUGCCCUAGUAUGGCCAUCUUUAGUGUUCAACCAAACCGAAUGUAAACCCUAAAAGUUAUGCGGCUUUAAUGCCACCCAACUGAAUUUUACAGCUAGUGGGGAGGCAGUCGAGGCAGGGCCAUACAUGGGCAAAUAAACUACCAACUCAGUCUGCCCAUAUGUAGCCAGCUUUAGGGUUUAGAUUCAAUUCUGUAUUCAGCUGUAGGAGGACAGAUUUGGUGCAUCCCUACUAAACAUACUUAAUGUAAUAUAUUUCGGUGAAAUCGUUUUUUUGAAUAUUUGUGAAUGUUACAAAAUAUUCUUUCAACCUGGCAUAUUUUAUCUUGUGCUUCCCUUUCAGAUUUUUGGAUGUGGUUUUACACCACAUGGAGUGACUGCCUAUUAAACUUUUCACUGCCAAAUUUUCCACUUCCAUUAAACCUAACCGCCCCUCUUCAUGUACUCAGGUUGGACAGUACUUAUUUGUGAACCCAGGAAUAUGGGUUAGGUUUGUCAAAUCAGGGAGCAUGUCGUCACAUAUGGGGAUAACCUUGUGGCCCAAAUGGGGCAUGCUGGGAGUUAAUGUGAAACUAAUGCACAGAAUGUGCCGCUGCCAUGACCUUAAUGCUGUUUACUAUUCUGCUUGUAAAUAGAAAUGUGAUGUUUUCAGUAAUUUAUUCUCCAAUGAAUGCACUGCUUAAAUUAUUUUUGUACAUUGUGAUGAUUGUUGCAAAUUAACAGUUUUCUAUGGAAAUAAUUCAGAGCCUUUUUUUAUUAAGAAAGUGUUUAAUGUGUUUAUUAUUGCAAUAUCAUGCUUUGCCUUUCUUGGAAAUAUACCUCCUCUAUUAGUAGGGUUUAUGGUUUCUGCCCCCAAACAGUACAUUACAAAAGUAUUGUUCAUUUUAAGCCCACAACAUGCCCUCUCUGUAUUUUUAUAUACAUAAGGAUGGGAACUGCCACAUUGCUUGCCUCAUUGGAGACAUUAUAAAUGGUUUGUAUGCUUUCAAUGGAAAGCAAUAUGGCAACUCAUGUGCAAAUACUUCUAAUAAUAAGCUCUACCCUUGUCAUGUACUGUUAAUAGGUAAUAUAAUAAAUAACCAUGCUAACACGUUAUUUUUGCCUUUAUAGUAAAAUACUAUAUAUUUUACAUGUAGCUGUUUGGCUAAUUUUUGAUAGUUACUGCAUUUGAAUGGAAAAAAAUAUUCCUGCCUAUAGUUUAUUAUGAAAUAAACGUGUUAUUUUAUAAUUGUA